GGCCGGCAGGGGGCGCAGGCGCAGUCGGUGCAGCCGCCGCCGCCGCCGUUCCGGAGCCGCCGGAGCGGCCGCACCGGGCGAUGCGAUGACAACGUCCACCCUGCAGAAAGCCAUCGACCUGGUCACCAAAGCCACCGAGGAGGACAAGGCCAAGAACUACGAGGAAGCGCUGCGGCUGUACCAGCACGCCGUCGAGUACUUCCUACACGCCAUCAAAUAUGAGGCUCACAGUGACAAGGCCAAGGAGAGCAUCCGAGCUAAGUGUGUGCAGUACCUGGACCGGGCAGAGAAGCUGAAGGAGUACCUUCGCAGCAAGGACAGGCACGGAAAGAGACCGGUCAAGGAGGCCCAGAAUGACAACAAGGGGAGUGACAGUGACAGCGAGGGCGAGAACCCCGAGAAGAAGAAGCUUCAGGAGCAGCUGAUGGGUGCCAUCAUGAUGGAGAAGCCCAACGUGCGGUGGAGUGACGUGGCUGGACUGGAGGGAGCCAAGGAAGCCCUGAAGGAGGCUGUGAUCCUGCCCAUCAAGUUCCCACACCUGUUCACAGGGAAGCGCACGCCCUGGCGCGGGAUCCUGCUCUUUGGGCCGCCCGGCACUGGCAAGUCCUACCUGGCCAAGGCUGUGGCCACCGAGGCCAACAACUCCACCUUCUUCUCCGUGUCAUCCUCUGACCUGAUGUCUAAGUGGCUGGGGGAGAGCGAGAAGCUGGUGAAGAACCUGUUUGAGCUGGCAAGGCAGCACAAGCCCUCUAUCAUCUUCAUCGAUGAGGUGGACUCGCUGUGUGGCUCCCGCAACGAGAACGAGAGCGAGGCAGCCCGGCGCAUCAAGACCGAGUUCCUGGUGCAGAUGCAGGGUGUGGGGAACAGCAGCGAUGGGAUCCUGGUGCUGGGUGCCACCAACAUCCCCUGGGUGCUGGACUCAGCCAUCAGGAGAAGGUUUGAGAAGCGAAUCUACAUCCCACUGCCCGAGGAGGCAGCGCGGGCCCAGAUGUUCCGGCUGCACCUGGGCAACACCCCGCACUCCCUGAAGGACACCGACAUCCUGGAGCUCGCCCGCAAGACUGACGGCUACUCGGGGGCCGACAUCAGCAUCAUCGUGAGGGACGCCCUCAUGCAGCCUGUGCGCAAGGUGCAGUCGGCCACGCACUUCAAGAAGGUCCGUGGCCCCUCCCGCACCACCCCCGGCGUCCUCGUGGAUGAUCUCCUGACGCCGUGCUCGCCCGGUGACCCUGGGGCCACCGAGAUGACCUGGAUGGAGGUGCCCAGUGACAAGCUGAUGGAGCCCAUUGUCUGCAUGUCGGACAUGCUGCGCUCACUGGCCACCACCCGCCCCACUGUCAACGCCGAGGAUCUCCUCAAGGUGAAGAAAUUCACGGAGGACUUUGGACAGGAAGGUUGAGGGGGGCAUGGGGGGGUGUGGGGUUGGGGCGGCCACGGGCCCUGCUCUGCCCCCCCUCCCCGGGCGUGCCAAACCGACUCAUCUUCGCUCACUCCCUCCCAUCGCACUGCAGCACCCAGCGGGCGCGGGGACACAGCCCGGGGGGCUCACACUACGGGGUGGGGGUCUGAGCAUGGCCUGGGCAGCUGGGUGCCCCUCUGGCUGCGCUCCACUCUUCUUCUUGCUCUUUUUUAUUUUUUAAAUUAAUGCUGCUUUGGGUUUCGUCUCGUUUAUAUGAAAAUAAAAACAAUCCAAAAGCUUCAGCCAGCA